CAAGCAUUUACUCUGUAUUACAAUACCUCUAACUACCGCUACCAUAUUAGAACUAGAAGUACCAAUUUUUCUGUACGUCUUCACAAUCUAAUAAAAUCACUUAUUUCUCGUUUCUUUUCAAAACUCCGAUAAUCGCAAGGCGGCCGGAGAAAAACAUGAGCGGCGAAUACGACUAUUUGUUCAAGCUUCUUUUAAUCGGCGACUCGUCGGUCGGCAAGUCUUGUCUUCUUCUCAGAUUCGCUGAUGAUGCGUAUGUGGACAGCUAUAUAAGCACUAUUGGAGUUGAUUUUAAAAUUAGGACAGUGGAGUCAGAUGGAAAGACAAUCAAGCUUCAAAUCUGGGACACUGCUGGGCAGGAGCGAUUUCGGACCAUAACUAGCAGUUACUAUCGUGGAGCCCAUGGGAUUAUUAUUGUGUACGAUGUUACUGAUAUGGAGAGCUUCAACAAUGUGAAGCAGUGGCUUAACGAGAUUGAUAGGUACGCAAGUGACAACGUUUGCAAGCUUUUGGUCGGGAACAAAUGUGAUUUAGCUGAUAGCAAAGUUGUUGAUACACAGACAGCUAAGGCCUUUGCUGACGAGCUCGGAAUUCCUUUUCUUGAGACGAGUGCAAAAGAUUCGAUCAAUGUGGAACAGGCUUUCUUGACUAUGACUGGGGAGAUUAAGAAAAAGAUGGGAAACCAGCCAACUGCAAGCAAUACAACUGGUCGAGUCCAGAUUACGGGUCAGCCAAUUGAGCAGAAUGGUAACUGCUGUGGUUAGAUGUGCUUUGUUUUACUUUGUGAGUGUAGAAGUUCUGUACAAAUAUAACAUACGUCUAUUAAAUGUCCCUGAACUACUGCAGAGAUUGGCUAUGUUUCUAUUCGUACUUAAACUAUACUCUUUAUGGUUGAUGAUAUCCUCUUUAAGGCCACUCAUAUUAUUGCUCAUACUUACAUGCAUCUACAAAUGGAGUUUACUAUGAUUUAGUAUUUGGUGAUUUUCUCUUAAGAUUUCUGUGAAUGACAU